AUGAGCACAGAAAUGACGCCUCGGGCUGGCUCGCCUGAUUCCAUGACAACUGAUGCUUACAACCACGAGAAGCCUAUCAACCCUUUUCUUACACCUUAUGCAUCUAGAGAUCCUUCAAGAGCGGCAUCAUCGGCUGUACUGAGCCAUCCUCUCCAAAAUCAGAGAUACUUCCAUAGCCGCCGGGUAAAGAAAGGAGAAGUCGAGAGGCCGUGGACAAAGGUCAAAGAUCCCCGGGAAAAAUGGGUAACAAUCAUUCCACUCAUUGGCCUUGCUAUUGGAUUAGCCCUGGCCGGCUUCCUCGUGUGGGAUGGCCUCCGAACCGUGGUGAACCACAAAUACUGCCCUGUGUACAUGGAUGAUUUUUCUGGAGGACUUGAUUCAAAGGUCUGGACCAAGGAGGCGGAGGUGGGAGGUUUUGGGAACGGCCAGUUCGAGCAAACCACAACCACAGAGGAGAACGUCUUCGUGCGGGAUGGAAUGCUCCACAUCAAGCCGACCCUCCAGGACCCCAAGCUGAUCAAGAUCGACAACAUCAUUGAUCUGCGACAGGGUGGAAUAUGCACCUCUUCGCUGUGGAGCAAUUGCCUAACAAGCACCAACACGACCAAUGGGACCAUUGUCAAUCCUGUCAAAUCCGGGCGGAUUCACACAAAGAAGGGGGCAGUGAUCAAGUACGGCCGAAUAGAGGUCGAAGCUAAGUUGCCAGAAGGUGACUGGUUGUGGCCGGCAAUCUGGUUGCUUCCUGUGGAAUCCAAGUAUGGUGUGUGGCCUGCCUCUGGCGAGAUUGAUAUUAUCGAGUCCCGAGGCAACAACCAUACUUACCCGCAAGGAGGCAACAAUAUUGUGUCGAGUGCACUGCACUGGGGCCCCAACACAGCAAACGACGCUUGGUGGAGGACCAAUGUCAAGCGAAACGCUCUUCAUACGACUUUUGCCAAAAAGUUCCACACCUUCGGCCUGGAGUGGUCGGAAAAGUACAUCUUCACAUAUAUCGACACCCGGUUGCUUCAAGUCUUGUAUACAAACUUUGACACACCACUCUGGGGCCGAGGUCGCUUUCCACAAUCCGAUCAGAAUGGCACGCUCAUCGUCAACCCUUGGGCCACUGGCUCUGCAUCUGCACCAUUCGAUCAGGAUUUCUAUCUGAUCCUGAACGUCGCGGUUGGUGGGACAAAUGGGUGGUUUGAGAAUAGCAAAGCCGGCAAGCCUUGGGCGGAUGGCAGCGCGAGCGCGAGACUCGACUUCUGGAACGCGCGCGACACAUGGUAUCCGACGUGGAAGGACGGUGGACAGAUGUUGGUAAAGAGUGUGAGAAUGUGGCAGCAGCAGGGACACAACGGAUGUGACUGA